CCAGAAUCAGCGCCAUCUUUCUUUUAGGCAGUUGAUAGUGUGAUUCACCACUUAUUCAUUUUAGACGCCGGAGAAAUUGAAUUUUAAUUCAUAUUUCAUUCAUUGUUAUUAUCAACAGAUAUUAUGGCCCGUGACAGUAGAAUAUAUGUUGGAAAUUUACCUCCUGACAUCAGAACUCGAGAUAUUGAAGAUUUAUUUUACAAAUACGGAAAAAUAACUUUCAUCGAUUUAAAAAAUAGACGCGGACCUCCAUUCGCUUUUGUGGAGUUUGAAGAUCCCAGGUAAGCCGCUUCACGAUGAACUGAAAAUUGUUGAUCAAUAUCAAUUGUUAAAGAACAGAAGACAGUUAAUAUAUGCAUUCUUUUGUACACAUUGCUAAGCCCAUGCAACUGUUUCAUGUCAAUUCGAUACCUGGUGUCAGUGGUGAGUUGUGGGAAAGUGCCGGCAAAUGUAAUUUACCGGUACUUGACACUUGUACUUCAAGUUAAAGUGACAGUCUUUGACGUUGGUCACUGAGUAAAUUUAUAUAAAUAUUUUUUUUAAAAAUAUAGAACGUAGGCUAAAUAUGAAAUUGUCUUAUUAAUUUUCACCUUUACCAAGAAAUGCCAAGUUUGAUGAUUCCAUGCAGUAAAACUAGUAAUAGUAAAGUAUUAAAAAAAAGGGACCAGUCAUUAUCACUUUUUAAUCUUGCUGCAUAACCACAGAUUAUCACGGGUUCUUUCUACAUAGCUUAUCUCUGAGGGAUACAAUAAAGUUUUUACUGUUGCCAAGCAUAAAAUAUUAAGCAACCAGAUGGGUGGGCACAAAAAUAAAAUACAUCGUUUAUCAAGUUCGACCAUGCAAAAACACUUCUGAGAGAGAGCUGCACUGGCUGCCGGUGCGUGUUCGCAUGGAGUACAAAAUCGCAACGUUGUGCUACCGCUGCUUACAUGACCUGGCGCCGUCCUAUCUGAAAGAGCUGCUUACGCCUUAUGUACCCACUAGAGAGCUCCGCUCAUCCGAUAGUGGCAAACUCUCGACACCACGUGUUUGCCUUGAGACUUACGGAAAACGCACUUUCGCAUUUGCUGGUCCAACAAUUUGGAACGCCCUUCCUGUCGAUCUCAGAAACAACCAGACACUGGAUUCCUUUAAAACCAAUUUAAAGACACACCUAUUUCGCAAACACCUUCUGGGAUGAUUGUCAACCUUAUUUUCCAGUUAAUGCAUAGUGGCUGUGUUGCUUGGGGUUGAAAUGGCUAGAAAGACUUUGCAAUUGUAUGCUAGUAAUUAGUUUUUGUAGUGUUGCGUUUGUUUUAAAUGUGUUAAAUUAUAGAUUUGUAUUUUUUUGACUUUGUACCGCGCUUCGAGCCUUUGGGGAUGAAGCGUGUUUUUGAAAUGAACUUUAUUAUUAUUAUUAUUAUACUAUAAAAAUGUAGGCUUAUCUCAUUGUAAUUCUACUUUACUUUAUAUGCCUGUUCAUUUUAAAUGUUUUUUUUUUUAUAAACAUUUUUUGUUCCAGAGAUGCAGAGGAUUCUGUUCGACAAAGAGAUGGAUAUAAUUAUGAUGGCUACACAUUACGUGUUGAGUUUCCUAGAGGCAGUGGAGCACCUGGUGGUGGGGGGCUUAGAGGUGGAGGAGGAGGUGGUGGUGGUGGUGGAGGGGGUUUCAGGGGAAGGGGUGGGUAUAGUGGAGCAGGACGAGGUGGCCCACCUUCAAGGAGAACACAGUACAGAGUAUUAGUUUCAGGUAAACUUAUGAACCAUACUCUCUGAAAUCUCGCCAUCAUAUGGUAGCAUCCCUUAGUUUUAAGUCUCUUAAGUUGUAUUACUUGUAUUGGCAUAAAAAUAAACUUUAUAUCAAAAUUGAAAAUAUUUUUUAAAUUUAAAAAAAAAAAUUCUGUAGGUUUACUGGAGUGAAUAAAAAAUUUCCAUAUUUACUUACCUCUAAUUGUCAGAUGAAAAUAUGGGUCGUUUGAGAACAAGAAUUAAUUUUUCACUAGCUUAACAUUUAUGGAAAUAAUCUAGUCCAAGACUUAAUUUACUGUACUGGUGAUUGAUAGGUUUAUAUAUGAACAAAAAAAUUAUUAUAUUUGUUAACCUUUUCUUAAAUUUAUUAUUAUAAUUAUAUUUUCUCAGAAACAUUUUGAUGCUGAAUACAGACCUGUUUACCUUAAAACUCUUAAAAUCGUACUAUGUCAUCACAAAAUCGUUCAAUGCGUUAUCUUAAUAGUAAAAAAAAACAUGCAGUAUAUAUAAUGUAUAAACCUCAAAAUCGUACAUUGUACACCAAAAUCAUACGAGUAAACAGGUCUGUGAAUAGAAAAUUUGGGGGUAAAUUUAUAGCUAUUUUGUGAGUUUAUUUUUUUUUUCAAGAACAAACAUUUGUAUUUUAUUUAAGUACAACACUUAAAAGCCACAUUUGACUUUAUGAUAAGUUUGAAUUUUUCAGGCCUGCCACCAAGUGGAAGUUGGCAAGAUCUAAAAGAUCACAUGAGGGAAGCUGGUGACGUGUGCUAUGCUGAUGUCUUCAAAGACGGCACAGGAGUUGUUGAAUUUCUUAGAAAAGAAGAUAUGAGAUAUGCAGUUCGCAAGCUGGAUGACACCAAAUUCAGAUCGCAUGAGGUAACUUAGCGUGAACACUGAUUGUAACUUAUUUUACUUAAUACUGAGGUAUGAAUGUUAAUAAUGCAGGUACAAAUUAAGGAAAAUUCAUUAUUAUUUUUGAAUGCUUCUAUUUUUUGCCAAUCAUAUCAUUUAUUUUUAUGGAAGGACAUUUUUAUAGUUCAAAUUUGUUAGUCUUUACAAAAUUCAAUGUACUGAUAUUUAAGAAAAAGCAUAAUUGGGGAACCAGUAGCAGUUAGUUUCAACUUAUUUUGAAAUGGUAACACUACUAAAUAUAAAUGUAACAUUUGUAAUACUUCAUAGGGUGAAGUGGCUUAUAUUCGUGUCAAGGAAGACAACCCUGGAAGAGGUUCCAGGAGUCGUAGCCCAAGUCCCAGGCGUUCAAGAGGCAGCCCACGAUAUUCACCAAUGAGAGAUAGAGAGCGUUCGUACUCUCCUUAUAAUUGAUGCAAUCAAAUCCUGGAGAGCUAGGCUCAAAGACAAAUAGAAUACAUUAAAUGUCAUUUUAAAAUUUUAACUAUUUUAAGAAAGAAAAUCAGCAAACGAUGCUGCUGAAAAGCAGUACAAUUUCAAACUGGCAGCAAUACUUUCCCCUUAUAUAGUCAUAUGUUGUUGUGCUUGAGAGUAUUACAUUUAUUUUAUUUUUUUUCAAGAAAUAUUCAUUCCAUUUCAUUUCUGGCUGGAAUUUCACAAUACUUAAGUUUAUAAUUAUUACAUUUUUAAUAAGAAGGCUCCAGACUGAAAAAGUCUUUUAGUACAACUUGUAAAUACAUUUGUCUCUUCUCAAGCUUAGCUACAUAUGAUGCAGACAGUAACACUCAAAAAAAGAUUAGUUCAUCAUUAUAAUACACCUUAGAAUUAUUAGCUUGAAAAUAGACUCUACAUUUUAAUGUCUAAAUACGUAUGUAUAGGCUAUUUUAUAUGCCUAGAUUAAAGGGAACUUUCUGAUUUUUAAACUGCUAAAAAUAAUGAAAUCAAACCCUUUUUAUUUUUCCUUUCAAAGUUUAAAUACUUAGAAGCUUUGUAAUCAUUUUACUUAACAUUAAUGUCACAGCCUCUUUAAACAUUAAACAGGUACUUGAUGUAACGCUGACCAUGCGUUCCUCUCCUUCCUCAGAGCGCUCCUAAUCAACGCAUUUCAAGUUGGUCUUUAUAGGACGCAGAGGAACGGAGCGCAAAGGAUAUGAUGGGACCGGAUAGGACGGGCAAGGUGGCAGUGAUGGAGGCUGCAUCGAUGGCCAUUCCACUCCUGUAGCGUUCUCCCAUCAUAUGCCUAUUAGUGCUCUAAUGGAAUUUUAUCUAUUAUGGUAUGCUUGAGGCUGGAGAAGUAGGAUGUAUUUUGUUCUCCCAGAAUUCCUGUUUUGUCUGUCAAUUUGAACAUUUCAAAUUCAUUUUUGUUUUUUUUUAUUUUUCUUUAAUGUUGUAACUGUUUUUAAUCUAAAUCUCAGAAAAUUCAGCCCUCAGCAACUUGAUGAAUGAUUGCAAUGUUAUGUUAUCCUUUGUUGUUUUUUUUUCCAAGCCAAAAAUCUGUAGGUUUAGUAAACUUAAAAAACUUUAAUAUUGUAUGCAUACUAUUGUUUUAGGAACAUCAAAGGGAGCAAGUUUGAGUGUGCAUUAUUUUAUGACUACUUUGCUAAUGCUCUUUUCCAUUUUUUCUUUCCCUGAUUUAGUCACUUGCAUAAGUGGAUAAGGAAUGGAUAAAGAUUGGAUGGGAAGGAUUCUUAAGGAUUGGAUAAUUUUAAGGAUAAAGAUUGGAUGGGAUCAUUUCAUUUGGAACGUGUAGGAAAGUUGGAUAAUAUUGGAUAGGUUGCGAAGAAGUUGCUUUUGGAAUGGAAAAUUGACCGUAGGAAGGAAACUAUACUAAGUCGCUUAACUGGAACCGUGGAUAAUUGGAAGGGAUACUACCUGCAGUUGAAGGCAAAAAAUUCACACACUGCAGUUUGGAAGGAACCAUUUUGCAAAGCAAUGGAUGGAAUUUCUUUUUUUUUUUACCUUUUUUUUUUAUUUGGACCACCGAUUGUUUUGUAAAAUGGAGACACAUAGAUGAAUGGAAACAUCUUGGAUUGGAAUAAAACUAUUGUGGAUCAAAUUUUUCCUAUAUGUUAAACAAUACCACGGUAUUCUCUGUUAGCAAUUCUCCGGUUGUUUAGUGGGGAAUUUUAUAUAUAUAUAUAUAAUCUUGAUUGAAAGCAAAAGCAGCUUAAUGUUUUGUAAUUCCUAUUUUUAGUCUCAAAACAAUAAUGUUAAACAAAACUUAUCACCAAAACAAUUAACCGGGAUUAAGUUUGGGGUAAAGUGGUAAAGUAAAAGAAAUAAUCAGAGCUAAAUUCAUGAAUGAGGUAAACAAUAAAUAAGCGAUAGUGGGUUACAUUAGAUAGCUACCGGGUCGUAUUAUUUGUAUGGUUGGUCAUUGGAACUCAGGCUGGAGCUAACGUUGGAAGUAUGCAUGGAUUGGACUUUCUCUCAAAUGAUCUUUCUCUCUCAGGACUUAGCUUCUCACAGCUAGCUUCUCACAGCAUCAUCUGAAUCUAAUGGCAGGCACAGUACCAGUAUACGCAGGAUAAUUUUUCACAAAGUAUCCUAAAAAAUCCGGAGUGUGGCGGCAGCCUAGGAUUAACCUGUAAAGUGUAAGCAUUAUUUAAAUUUUGAAAUGUUUAGCCCUGUAGGCUUUGUUUUCUUCUGUAAGUGCUGAUCUAUUGAUGCUGUCUCUAAAAAGGUUUGUUUUAUUAAACCCAUUAUCUUUUUAGAUUCCAUCUUUUUAAUGGUUUUAAUUACCUUUUAUUACCACUGUUAAGUUUUACAAACAGGCGAAUUGUUUUAUGUUGCAAAGAGUGUAAAUUUCUUGUUUAAGGAAUUAUACCAGUAUGGUUGAAUGUUGUUUAAAAAAAAAAGGUUACAAGCUGAGGCAAAGUUAUUGCGAUCAUAUACCGGUACAGAUAUGUUCCUUAAAAUGUUCUCCAAUGGAACUAUUAUUUUUUUUUUAAGAACAUCAUUUGAUAUCAAUUAUUUAGGUUUGGGGAAAGUGACAGGUUCUAGGUUUUGGUAAAAUAUUUGUUUUAUGCUGCUGAAUAAGUUUUCCACACUAAAGCUUGGCAAUGACUCUUCUUUUUAUUUUCAUAUCUGUGUUCAGUAAGAUGUCAAGGGCAGUGUGUUCUUCCCUUUAAAAAAAUGUUAGCCAUGCUAAAUAUAUUUUAUGUAAUGAUUUUUGUGUUGAACUCUCAGCACUUUAAUUGAUAUUUUUAUAUUCUAUGUUCUGUUGUAGGGGUAAUAAAAUUGCUGCUUUAUUAGAAAUGUA